AUGAUGCGCAUCUCAUAUUGGGUUUUCCCCAUCCUCGCGGGCGUCAUAUGGCUUGGCACCCUGCUGGGGCUGCUGCUGUUCUGGGUUGUUGACGACCACAAAAUCCACUACGCGUCCGAGGCCGACUCGCAGAGCAUCGCCUACAUCAGCGACGUCGGCGCGUCACGCCUCAAGCCGCUUUUCAUUACCGGCUGCGUCCUCACGACCUUGUUUCUCGACAUCUCGUUUGGCGCAGACCGCUGGCUGCGGCACAAGGGCAGACUGGUGCCCAACACGACCACUGGCGAGAAGGUGCUCUCAGGUCUGACCAUCGUCUUCGCCAUCAUCGGCACUGCCGGCCUGAUCCUGCUGUCCAUCUUCGACACGCUGAGAUACCCGCGCCUCCACGAUGUCUUUCUGCUCCUUUUCAUCGCCGGCUACGUGUUGUCUGCCAUCUUCAUCUGCUGGGAAUACCAACGCUUGGGUAUUCGCUACCGCGAGCACCGCGUCCUCCGCAUCUCGUUCUGGAUCAAGCUCUCCUUCGUUGUGAUCGAGAUCCUGCUGGCCAUCGCCUUUGUUGCCUGCACCUUUACCGGCAACUACAACCCCGGCGCCGUGUUCGAGUGGAUUAUCGCCUUCAUCUUCUCCUUCUACGUCUUCUCGUUCUACGUCGACCUGUAUCCGGCCGUCCACACAAAGAACGGC